CACACACAGAGGGUCUGAAAGGAGCAGGCAGGGGAGCAGGAAGCCGUCUGAUGACUUUCACCCACUGCACGCUCUUUAACCCGGUCAACUGAAGCUCCAUUCCUCUGCUUCCUUUGACUCCGACACCAACUCUCACAGUCACCAUGUUUGGACUAAAGUCACCACACUUCUACCUUCCAGGUAUGAACCAUGAGUCCAAUAAAUCACCAUCAUUAGGAAUGAUCUCCACAGCAACUCGCACCACAGCCACAGUCAGUCCCCUCAGUCCUCUAACCAAUGGGAACACUGCUGUCCAGUCUGCAAACUCCGGAUUUGCUGCCGCUCUACGUAAACUGGCCAAGCAGGCCGAAGAUCCUAGAGUCUCUGCCCUCAGCGGUGAAUCGUCUCCGGUGCCUUCACCAGGCGCCAGCCACCCCUCGCCGGUUGCUACCCCUAAGCGGGGCUCAUUAGGGCCCCUCUUGGGUCAAAGCAGGGGCCACAGUGUGCCGACCAACCCUCCCGUAGUCACCAUUGCCCCCACAAAGACCAGCAACGGCCAGUGGAGGGCAGACGGCCGACAGGUUGAGUCAAGUGUUCAGGGACUAAGUCGGGAGCGGGUGGGAGCCGAGAGCGCCCAGUUGCAGCAGGAUAAGAGGACACCGCCCGUACCCCCACCACAUUCACUAGCUCAGUCCUUCGGUCGCACUCACAGCAGUAUCAUGCAGGACCCUCGCUUGCAAAGCAUAAGUUUGCCAGGGCAGAUGCAUGCCGUGGUUCCCUCGGGUGGUGUUCCAGAGGAAUACCUGAGAGCCCUCCGGCCCUUCGCUACCUCCGAUGAUCUCAGACUCACCUCUCUGCCCCUGAGUCUUGACCCUGCUGCGGCUGCCCAUGCAGCCGCUGCUGCUGCUUACUAUCACCCUGCCUACAUGCACCACCCUUUAUCUUUACAAAGCAGGAUGGAGGAGUCCCUUUGUCUCUCUGCACUGCGAUCGCAGUUCUACUCUGUGCCUGCAGGAGGCGCCUUCUCUCCCCUUCACCCCUCUGCCCUGCAGUUGCACCUACCUGGAGGCCGCUACCCAGGAGAAAUUAACCACUCAGCUUUCUCUGAGAGGCUACAGAUGGAGAACGAGCUUCGCCAGCGUGAAAGAGAGCAUGAGCGAGAACGAGAAAAAGAGAGGGAGCGAGAGGCCGGCCUGGAGAGAGAGAGGGAAGAGGAGCGAGAGAGGGAGCUGGACAGACAGAAGGAGAGGCAGAGGGACAGACAGCAGCAGAUGGUCCGGGCAGCCGAGAGUCACUACCUGGCUGAACUGCAGGCUCGGAGGGCAGCACCGCCGGAGGACAGAGCCAGACCUGGAGAGAAGCUGACUCCUAACAGACUGGAUAAAACCAAAGACCUGGACCAGCUCAGUUUCCCAGCACCAAAGCCUGUGCCCCUGCAGCCUGGGCUUUCCUCAUCCAGGGCGUCUGUCCCUCUCCCUGUGCCCAGCCUGCUGCCCGCUCACUUAGGGAAGCAGCGUGCUGCUACUUCUGGGGGGAUCCAUGAAGCUCUGGCAGCCGCCAUGAUGACUCAGAGGGCAAGUGAAGAAGUGUGGUUGGCACGACAACGAGCACAGGGGCAGGAGAGAGAGGGUCCCCUGGAGGUGGGCCUCAGGUCACCUGGGAAAGGUGUAGAGAAAGCAAGAGAGAGCCACAGAAUAAAUUCAGUCUAUCACAACCCAAGCAGUAAGGAUACGCCCCUUGGAGCUCCACCUCCACUCAUCUCCCCUAAAGGGCCCCAUCAUCCCUCUGCUCCUCCAACAACACUGUGGAACCCAGCUUCCCUCCUAGACACGCCCGCUGAUUCCCGUAGAAAAUUCAAUCCCUCUUCAACUCCAAGUCGACCCCCGCCAGGCCUGACUCGGACCGACAGGCCUAUGAUGAGCUGGGCAGACGAUGGAAGCAAGAGAACUUCCAAAAGCCCGGAGAGGUGUCCCCCACUGAGAGGGGCGGGUUUACAGGAAGCAUGGAGCAGGACGGAGCCGGACCGAGCCCUGCACUCCCUCUACCCCCGGCAUCAGGCCAAUAAUCACCACAAACUGCCGGUGCCUCCAUCUGCGCCAACUGACCAUGGGUUUCAGUACCAGACAGGCCCUCCGUCCCUGAUCAAGGAGCAGCACACACAAAUGUCGGACUCAAUGUUGGUUUACGACGAGGUUCUCCAGCAGCACAGACGGUUACUCAGUAAGCUGGACCUGGAGGAGAAGAGAAGGAAUGAGGCCAGAGAAGGAGGCUAUUACUAUGACCAGGAUGAGUCGUAUGAUGAGAGCGAUGAAGAGGAGGUAAAAGCUCAUCUGAGGAGGGUGACAGAACAGCCCCCACUCAAAUUGGACACAUCCUCAGAGAAAGUGGAUUUCUUGCGUCUGUGCGGUCUCACCACACUGACCCAUCGGGACGAAAUUCUGGCUGAGAAGAGGAGGAAAAGGAGAAGGAUGAUGAGAGAGCGCAGCCUCUCCCCACCAGCAGUUCAGAGUAAAAGAAAGAUCUGUUCCCUUUCAACACCCACAGCUUCCCUAAGCACCCAGUACUCUGCCGAGCAGAUGGACAGCACCCCCGAGCUGGAGGAGAAAAAAGACUUCCUCCUUAUGUUCAACCUCAGCCAUGUCAGCCCUCAGCAGAGGAGAGAUAAGGAGAGGACAGAGGAGCUGCUAAGGGCUAUUCAGAGGAAGACUGUGACAUUAGACACACUCAAAUAUAAUCCUCUGCCUCUGUGUAGAAGUCCUGCAGCUCUCCUAAAUGGGGACUCCUCCACAGCUCCCCCUCCGCCUCAGUCAAAUGGACACCAGUACCCAGAGUCCCCCAGUCCCUCCCCUCCCUACACACACAAACACAGGCAGAGCGACACUCUCAAGCCUCCCAUGGACUCCCAGGUUCCCUACGCCCCCCCACCAUUAGCCCCCCAUCAUGAAAAAUUUGAAACAACAGAGACUCCGUCGAACAGGAAGCUCCACGUCCUUCAGAACGGCGCCUCCCUUCAGAGAAAGGAGCCCAGCCCCGUGCUGAAUGGACGGGGCAGGCCCUGGGAGAGGUUCACACCUGAGGCCUUUGCUCAGCGCUUCCACCAGGCAGUGCUGCAGUCAACAAACAGUACACUGCAGAGCAAAGGAGUCUCAAACUGUGCCACAGAGGUUGGUGGAAAAUCUGAACACUCGCUGCCUCAAAAUAACCCUCAUCUAAAAAAUUCCCACGUCAAGCACUCCUCUCAGUAUGCACACCUCAACGGCCACCAUUUCCAAGCACCUGCAGCGAGCCAAGAUGCUCCAGCUCUACGGGAGACCCUGUCUGAUGAGGAAGAGACGGAUGAUGAGGAAGAGGAAGAGGCGCCAAAGAAGUGGCAGGGCAUUGAAGCUAUUUUUGAGGCCUACCAGGAGUACGUGGACGAGUGGAGCAUAGAGCGGCAGGUUCUCCACAGCCAGUGUAAAAGACUUGAAGGCCAGAACUACAAUCUGACCAGAACUGCUGAGCAGCUUUCUCUCACUAUGGGGGAGCUGGUGAGUCAGAGGCAGAAGGUGAGGGAAGAGCGGGACAGGCUGCAGGCCCAGCUCGAGCACUUCAGGAGGUGUUUGACUCUGCCGAAUGUUCACUGGGGCAGGAGCCACGUCAACGGACAGGCGCCGAGGUGACUUUUAAAAGAGGCUCCAUCCCAGUGAAGGAACCAUAGGAGGAUGCUGAACUGGACCCGGGCUGCUUGCCUCACGUGGAGGAGCUAGACGUCUUCUUAUCUCUUCUCUGGCAUGUCAGUUAUGUAACAUGGCCCAUCCUGAGUUUCUCUUUAUUUCAAAAUUCAUGGCAUCCAGAGAUUUUGAUCGUGGAUUGUGAAAAAAAAACGCUUGGUCCAAAGUAUCACGUUCUAUUAGAAAGCACAAACCAGGAGCCUCUUUGGACAGCAGCAAGGAGGGUCGUGUUCUUCAGUGAGGUUUAGGUCAAGGAAUCAGCGCUCACCUCAGGCCUUAAAAUUGACAGGAUGCACUUGAAAUGGAUUUAGGUAAAUACUUGACUGUCUUCUGUGUUGUAAAAUGUAAUGACUUCUGAAUUCAGAGCAGUUUGCAUGCUCACAAAAUGACCAACAGGAUAAAUGAAGCUUCUAAAGUAUAUUUAAUAGCAAAAGGGUUUUAGUUGAUUUUUUUUUAUUAUUAUUUGUAACAGUUGUUGUGAUAGAUGAAAAGUUUUGUAAAUUUUACCGCUUUAACUUGUGAGAAAGCCAUACGUUUUGGUGGAACUACUGCUGGUCAGAAUAAAAAUGUUGAGCAAAUUAACAAUAGGACAAUUAUAUUUUCACAAUGAAAUAAAAUUACUUGAUGUCAAAAAAGGUUUGGGAUAUAAGAGAAAGCACUGCUGUCAGAACAUUACAAAUGUCACUGAGACGGCUCUUUGGUGCAAGGAUCCGUUUCCGUGGUAACUAUCACAUGUCCAUUAAAGUAAUUUAAUCUGAUGGGCCUCUGUCAUUUAUGUGGCAUUAAAGUACUUUUGGGAAGGUCAAAGUUGAAUUAUGUUAAGAAAGUAUUUUCAACAGUGUCCCCUGAGAAUUGAUGGCCUAUAUAUGUUACGAAGCUUAAAAUUAUAAUUUUUUUUUUAGGACAAACUUGCCUCUUCUUUUUGUAGGAUUUAUUUUUGCUUAAGCCACAUAAAUUAAAAUUACAAGUAAAAAAAUUUAUUUUCAUUUUUUUUCCUUGUGAAAAAGAAAAUCUGAGCACAAGACGCAGUAGUAUUUCCUCCCAGUCCACCUAAGAGCUCUGCUCUGUCACCUCCUCAAACCUACUGAGAAAUCUUGAAUAGUUGCUUCAAAUGUUUGUUUUUAUGUGAUGUAUUAUUUUGGCUGUAUAAUUGCAAUUAACUAUUUAUUACCACAUAUUGGUGUACAUUUCCGACGCAGAUUUACAUUAAAAUAUUUGUAA